CUCUCUCUCUCUCUCUCUCCCUUAGCGUCUGCGCUUCUCUCUAUCCUCCCAUUUGGUUUGUUGGAAGCUAAAAUACCUUCCCGGCCCUUCGGGGAACCUUCGAGGCAGUCCGUUGGCAGCGCCAGGAAACCACCCACAUCCGAUCUAUCCCCCAAAGGGGUCAGCAGGAACCCGCCGAGUCCCCAGCCCUCACUGAUUUCUGGUCAAAGCUGUAGACACCGACCGUUCCUUUCUUCCUUGGCCUCCCAUCAGAUCUCAGUCCCAGGACAAAUCACCAACAGAAUUAGAGAAGGAAAAAAAAAAAGAAAAAGAAAAGAAAAGCAAAGAAAGUGAAAGAUCUAUCAUACCAAAGGUGAGUACUAGUAGCAGCAGUAGCAGUACUAGUUUCUAUUUCGGUUCCUCAGGGCUUUCUGACCUCAAAGUCAAGAUGGAGUUCACACAUGGAAGAAGAGAGAGGUUUUACAGUGAGGAUGACCACCAGGAGGCGGCCUCCAAGCACCCUCAUCUUGUUCCUCCUUCUUCUUCUUCCUCCCCCCCUUCCUCUUCCUCCACUGCCUUCCGAUGGUCCGGUGGAGCGCCGGGGAGCGGAGGCGGCGGCAGCGGCGAUGCUCCUAAUUAUGUAGAGAAGGAGCACAUGUUCGACAAGGUGGUGACGCCGAGCGAUGUCGGCAAGCUCAACCGGCUGGUGAUCCCGAAGCAGCACGCCGAGAAGUACUUCCCGCUCGACAUGUCGACCAACGAGAAAGGGAUGCUGCUGAGCUUCGAGGACCGGACGGGGAAGCCGUGGCGGUUCCGCUACUCCUACUGGAACAGCAGCCAGAGCUACGUGAUGACCAAGGGCUGGAGCCGCUUCGUCAAGGAGAAGAGGCUUGAUGCUGGGGAUACCGUCUCCUUCGGGCGAGGAGUCGGUGAAGCCGCCCGCGAUCGCCUCUUUAUCGACUGGAGGCGGCGGCCUGAGCCUCACAACCUGCCUCGCCAGCUGCCGCGCCUUCCUUUACCCCUCCCGGGAGUGUCGCUGGCCCGGUCGGUGAGCCCGUGGGGCGGUCGGCUCUUCGUCCCUCCGGCAGCACUGGUGUACGACCACGGCCAGCAGGGGUACGGGUACAACGCUGCGAACCCCGGCAGCGGGCAGUUUCUUUUCUUUAGAUCGGCAGCGGCAGGGCCGCCGCAGAUUGGGGUGCAACCAGGAGGCGGAAGCAGCAGCGGGGAUGAAGUGGUGGCCGGCGUGCCAUUGGUUUUGGAUUCGGUGCCGCUCGUCCACAGCCAGGCACAAGCGAAGCGGGUCAGGCUAUUCGGGGUGAACCUCGACUGUCCCGAACCGGAUGGUGGUGCUGACGACGGCAAUGGUGGGUCUUUAAGCAUGCGCCGGAUGCAACCCCAUUCGACGGCCCAACUCCUCCAAUGGUCGCAAGGUGGAGCCGAAACUUCGAUGGCCGCCUCGCGGUCGCCGGGCAAGGAGAAGCAGUCACCGCUGGAUCUUGACAUGUGAUGAUCGAAAGGAGGAGAAUGGGGAGGAAGGAAAUUAAUCGUCAUACCCUCAUGAGAUCUAUACCUGGAAUUGGGAUCGAUGGACACUGAACUGAAUGAGAGAAAGGUUAAAAGAUUCUUUCUUUUUAGCGCUUACUUGGCUUCUUGGAGCAUGAGGAAUCAUUGGGAUACUUGGCAUGAGUGGGGUUGGGAAGAAAGGAAGGAAGCAUAUCCAAACUUAUUUUUCUUUUCCUUUUCCUUUUUCCUUCUAUCAGAUUUCCUAUUCCAAUUGUAAAUAUAUUAUAGCUACAUCUUCCUCACAUACCUCCAAAGCACUGGGCAUGCCUUAAAGAGGACAGACAGUUAUGGAGAAAAAGGAGGUCAGAUCUCAAUCCUUCUCCAUCCAUUUCCUAUCUGUUGUGCAUUGGGAUUUUAUCUUUGCCUGCCAUGACAGCACCUCGUAUGCUGUCAUUCAUGCAUGAUGGGAUAUGAUAGGAGUAAGCUGUGCAGAAUUCUCUCUUUUUUUCUUUUAAAGAAAUUAUACUAUUUUAAGUGGUCAAGCUUUAGUAAUGGACUCCAAUUGAUGAAAGGAGAGUACUGCUAAUGCUAUAGACGCCCUGCUUAAUGUGCUGUAACAAUUGUCAGGGAUGUGUGUUGAAUACCAUCCAAAAGUUCUUUAAGGUGGAAGAGAGUGAAGAAAAUAGGUGCCAAGAUGCUCACGUACUGCAUUUAAGAAAGUUGAAGGUCGAACUGGCUAAGCUUUUUGUUGCACUAUAGUUAUUUCUAACUGUAGUGAGGUAUACUGACAAGAGCUAAGAUGUUGGACGCACUUGCAGUGGGCAUGGUAUGGGAGGUAAUCAUAAUAGGGAAUGAGUGGAAUAGAAUUUUCGAUACAAGGUUCAGUUGGUUGCUCAUGUACUUGAAACACAUACCAAGAAAACAAAAAAAAGAUAAUCAAUCUAUAAAUAAAAGAAUAUAGAGGAUAGC